GCUGUGGUAACUAGUCACGACUGGACCGGAGUAGUGCGGGUAAUGGGGAGAUAACAAUAAGCUAAGCAACAUGAAGGCUUCGCUAAACCUGGUUUGGGCAGUUAUUCUCAUAAAACAGGUUGUCGGGGAAUAUGGCAUGGCCAAUUUCAGAAACAAAGGCCAGAGCAAAGGAAAAGAUUACUGCAUCUUCUUCAACUCCCAGUGGGCUCGUCUACCUCAGCACCUCAACAAAGCAUCCCGUCUCCAGGUCUAUGACCUGACACCGUCAGUCCUGUGUUCCUCGUCGGAAGUCCCGGAGGGGGGCUUCCCCAAUCGUAUCCCCAUGGUAAUGAGGGGGAACUGCACUUUCUACGAGAAGGUCCGCCUGGCCCAGCUCAACGGAGCUAAAGGGCUGCUCAUCAUCAGCAAAGACAGACUGACCCCACCGGCAGGAAACAAGACUCAGUAUGAGAAGAUUGACAUCCCUGUGGCGCUGCUCAGCUACAUUGACAUGCUGGACAUCAGGAAGACGUUUGGACAGGGCCGAGAGGUGGCCAUGUACGCCCCGAGCGAGCCUGUCCUGGACUACAACAUGGUCAUCAUCUUCCUCAUGGCUGUGGGGACAGUGGCCAUCGGAGGAUACUGGGCCGGCAGCAAGGACAUCAAGAAGCGCUACAUGAAGCACAAGCGUGACGACAGCGCGGAGAAGCAGGAAGAGGAGACAGUGGACGUGACGCCCAUCAUGAUCUCUGUGUUUGUGGUCAUGUGCUGCUCGAUGCUGGUGCUGCUCUACUUCUUUUACGACCACCUGGUGUAUAUCAUCAUUGGGAUAUUCUGCCUGGCCUCGUCUGUUGGCCUCUACAGCUGUCUCUGGCCCUUUGUGAGGAGACUCCCCUUUGGCAAGUGCAGGAUCCCAGAGAACAACCUUCCCUACUGCCACAAGAGGCCUCAGGUCCGCAUGCUGCUGCUGUCAGCCUUCUGCAUCGGAGUCAGUGUUAUCUGGGGCGUGUUCCGCAACGAAGACCAGUGGGCGUGGGUGUUACAGGAUGCCCUGGGCAUAGCCUUCUGUCUCUACAUGCUCAAGACUAUCAGACUGCCCACAUUUAAGGCCUGCACAAUGCUGUUGGUGACCCUAUUUGUCUACGAUAUUUUCUUUGUAUUUAUUACACCUCUCUUUACCAAGAGUGGUGAGAGUAUAAUGGUGGAGGUUGCGGCUGGUCCCUCUGACUCCUCCACACAUGAAAAGCUUCCUAUGGUGCUUAAAGUGCCCCGCCUCAACUCCUCCCCCCUGGCUCUUUGUGACAGGCCCUUCUCUCUGCUGGGAUUUGGAGACAUCUUAGUACCAGGUCUGCUGGUAGCCUACUGUCACAGGUUUGACAUCCUCAUGCAGUCCUCACGGUUCUAUUUCCUGGCCUGCACUAUCGGUUAUGGUAUUGGGCUGCUCAUCACCUUUGUAGCUCUGGCCCUGAUGCAGAUGGGUCAGCCAGCCCUGUUGUACCUGGUGCCUUGCACCCUCCUCUCCAGCCUCGCGGUGGCGCUGUGGCGCAAAGAGCUGCCCUUAUUCUGGACAGGAAGUGGAUUUGUGGUACCCCGCCACACUCCCCCUUCUCUCCCGAGCUUUCGAUCGCCUCCAGCACACAUGGACUGUUGGGCCUCCCAUAGUUCUGCAACCAAUCAACUGUACGCAAACCCCAGGACCACCCAUAGAGGAGCCCCUCACCAAUCCUGAACUACAAGGUCCUGAAGCAGAGUGAGGACCCUCUUCCUCCCCCACUUCAGGACACACCCCCUUCAGAUGCCAGCAAAUCAGAAUAAAGGAUUUCUAGGAUGCCAAUUUCUUAUUCAUUUAGUUUCUAUAGUUUUUUUAGUUUUUUUUACAAAGGUUCUCAAUGGAACUUUAUACAUUUGUAACGGACAGAAAUUCUGAACAUUUCAGUGCACUUGGUGUGUAAAGAGGAAGGGAGGAUGGAUGAAAGGGAAGAAUGGAUGAGCGGGACGGAAAGAGGGAACCCAACCUACAGUGGCUGUUCUUCAUAGCCUUGGGGCGGCAGGAUCAGCCAUGGGAGUCCUGGUAAAUGAGCCAGACCUAACCCAGGCUAAAAAACACUAAGCCAGGCUGAGGCAGGGAAAGAGCACAAUAUUGCUUCGACCUACGCUGACCUAGUCCCUCGUUACCAUUGUCGUAGAAAUUCUAACGAAAAGGAAGAGACCUGAUUCUUCAAACAACUUAAUUAUAAGAUUUGCAAAAACGGAGCGGUUAAGUCACUCAAUUGUGCAGAUUUUGGAGCCCAACGAACAGUUGGGUCUCAGCUUUUAUAUGAAAGUACAACCUCUUGGUAUAUGUGGCAGUUAGUAGAUGUAUUUACAGGGGCGGGGAACAGUGUGUAAAAGGCAAUUAGUUUGUCUGUGCAGAUUAAGAUAGACGGUUAAGCCCUCGUGAUAACGGCAUUUGCCACAGCUCACACUAUAUGUGCUCAUUUCUGAAAGUUUCCACACAGCUGAGUUCUGGCAGAUAGAUAAAAUGUGAUGUCGCAUGCUGCGUUUGCACCCAAACGGCUCUUAGCUGUCGACAAGAUUGUAUCAGGGAAAAAAACACUAGCAUAUAACAAUAGACAAUUCUCUAAGUAAAAAGUAUGUCUAAUUUUCUCACCACACCAUACACUAUGCCAAAGUCUUGUUCCCUUCUCAGCUAUUCCAAUCAGACAUGAGGUAGGUUGGAAAUAAAGGUUUACACUAACCAACAUCCCUGGCCCUUCCCACAUGAGUUAGACCCCCGUGACUGAAAUUGAGUCACACCACUAUAGAUGGCCUACUCUGCCCUGUUCAACCCCAUAUGAUGUGGUAGCCGAUUAUGUUCAUGCAUCUCCCAUGUAGUCAGCUUGAAUCGCAUCCAAUACACAUGACCUGCCCUGCUCAACUCCCUACCCUCGACACCAUCCUGUUCAGUUUGUCUCCCCCACCAAUUCUAUGCAGAAAAGCAUUCAACAAUUUUUACAUUUUACUCUUUAUUUAACCAGGUGAGUCCCAUUGAAUCUCUUUUUUUUAAUGGAGGCCUGGCAGCCAUUAUAAUCUACACUACUAGAAGGUCAAUAUGGGCAUUCUAAAUUACACCCUGUUCCCUAAAUAGGGCCCUGGUCAAAAGCCAUGAAGAACGAAAGAGCCACACUACGGCCUGUCCUCUAUACAUCAAAGAUGACUGAAGUAUCAGACAUACCCUUUUUCAUGUGGUGCUAUCAUGGAUUCUCAACCAGCCAAAGGUAUAGGAUAAUAAUGAUUUUUGAUUUAGGGCAUAAAGGGACACUUUCCUAGUGUACUAAAAAGCAAGCUUUGUGGAGAAUCUUCAUGUAAAGUGUUUAUAAAUCCAGAAUAACACUUAAUCUGUGUCUGGGAAAUCUUCCCAAAAUAUAUAUAUAUAUUUUUUAUCUUACCUUUGCUUGCUAUAGGUUUGGUUUGAUCCAGGCUGUCUUUUAUAUACAUUUAAGGUUGCAACAAUUAAUGUUGUCCCCACUCUUUUUCCAGUAGAUGUUGUGGUUCCACUUUAUAUUAGGUGUAAACCCAUGUACUGUAUGUGUUUAAUUACAUUGUAGGCAGCUAGGAAAACAUUCUUACAUAGUACUUACAACUUAAAUUGUUUACCUAAUUCAUUACACGAACUACUUACCAGUACGUAACUACCAUAUAAACACAUGGGUUAUAAGGAGACUUAGGGCUCGAUUCAAUUCAUAUCACAAGUUCAGCGCUAUAGCACAAUUGAAAUUGAAAGGCAACAUUCUCGCUGCAUUCAUGGUAAACGCUGUAUAUAAUGGCUCAAUCUGAAAUUACCUUUAUUUCAAGUGCGCAAUAGUGCUGAACUUCAGCAAUACGGAUUGAAUCAAACCCCCUAGAUUGAUCGAUUUGGUUAUAAUAUUCAAUAUUGUCUUAAAUGGGUUUUGGCCUUACUUGUAUCCAUGGUUACAAUUUGAAUGUCUCUGUGCAUAUUGCUUUAUGAAGACAGAGUACUGUGUUCAUGCUGUGUUAGUUUGUUUCUUAAUUAAACUACGAUAAGUGAUCA